CCCACUAAGAGAGAGAGAGACACCAGCCCUGAGCUGUCAAUAACCGGGGAGGAGCGCCAACCUAUCACCGGGAAACCGGGGACCCGAGCUGUCAGCGCCCCGUGCUGCCGGACUCCGCUGCGCGGCUUCCUUCAAUAUUCCGCAUCUGCCACUCCGACACAUCCCUGUCAUGGAUUGGUGGAGAUAAUAUCAGCGGCGCUGAAAUGUAAAUGUUGCGGCUUUUUGAUACAUGUUUUCUGGUGUUGCGAGCUGAGAGGGGUUUCGUUUGGUGGCAGCAGCUCGUUCGUAUGCAGGAGGGACUGUCACUUACUAUUAUAGCGGGAGGUUUGCAACACGUAUUUUGGAUCUGGUUUUUUUUUGCAAUUUUGAAAGAAAAUGAUUUAUACCAUGCACAUUGCAGACAAUCGAGGUUGUUUUUUAAUUUGAAGAGUUAAAAGUCUGCUUUUUGGGGGCGGGGUUCUUUUUUUGUAAGUUGUAAUUUUUAUUUUUUAAAAAAAGCGAAAGCCAUGGCGGAAGGAAAGGCGGAACGUGGUGUUGUCCCGUCUCUGGUGCCUUCAUGUUCUGCUUCGCCCUCCUCUGUCAAAAAGGAGCGAGUUGAAGCUGUCUCGAACGGGGACUGUGUGGGAGAGGAGCCGGUGGUUGCAGCGGGAGGUGUCCUGCCCUCAAGUCCCGGAGCAGAGACAUUCACACCUUCACCAGCAACAGCAUCACCCCAAGAUGGAAAACCUGGCAUCCCUCGCAGGAGCAGCAUCAUCAAGGAUGGCACCAGACAACGAAGGGAGAGAAAGAAAACAGUCUCCUUCAGCAGCAUGCCAACAGAAAAGAAGAUCAGCAGUGCCAGUGAUUGCAUCAAUUCAAUGAUUGAAGGCUCUGAGCUUAAAAAAAUUCGCUCAAAUUCCCGAGUCUAUCACCGCUAUUUUCUUUUGGAUGCAGACAUGCAAUCCCUUAGAUGGGAUCCAUCAAAGAAAGAAUUGGAUAAAGCAAAAAUUGAUAUAACAUCAAUCAAAGAGGUUCGAACAGGAAAAAAUACAGAAAUGUUUCGCACCAAUGCUAUUUAUGAUCAUAUUUCAGAAGAUAGUGCAUUUUCAAUAAUUUAUGGAGAAAACUAUGAGUCAUUGGACCUUGUAGCUAAUUCUGCAGAUGUAGCAAAUAUUUGGGUUACAGGCUUACGGUACCUGAUCUCUUAUGGGAAGCACACACUAGAUAUGAUAGCGAGUGGUCACAAUAACAUGCGGGCAUCAUGGCUUUCAAGUGUUUUUGCUGAUGCUGAUACAAAAGAUGUAGGGCAUAUAUCAUUUAGCAAAGCUGUACAGCUUAUUAAGAACCUGAAUUCUGGACUGAAAAAUACCAAAAUUGAAUUGAAAUUCAAAGAAUUGCACAAAGCAAAAGAAAAAGUAGGGACUGAUGUUAUCAAAGAGGAACUUAUAGAAGUUUAUCAUGAGCUUUGCACGAGGCCAGAAAUAUAUUUUUUGUUAGUUCAAUUUUCAAGCAAUAAAGAAUUUCUAGAUUCCAAGGACUUGAUGAUGUUUUUGGAGGCAGAGCAGGGAAUGCCACAUGUUACAGAACAAGUGAGCAUGAACAUUAUUCAGAAAUAUGAGCCAUCUGAAGAAGGACAAGAAAAUGGUUGGCUUUCCUUAGAUGGUUUUACCAAGUACCUCAUCUCACCUGAAUGCCAUAUAUUUGAUCCAGAGCACAAAAAAGUUUGUCAGGACAUGACUCAACCAGUGUCUCAUUAUUACAUUAAUGCAUCACACAACACCUACUUGAUUGAGGAUCAGUUCAGAGGUCCUUCAGAUAUCACAGGAUAUAUUCGUGCUCUGAAAAUGGGGUGCCGAAGUAUUGAAGUAGAUGCAUGGGAUGGUACUGACAAUGAACCAGUCAUUUAUACAGGCCACACUAUGACAUCAAAGAUAGCCUUCUGCAGUGUCAUUGAUGUAAUUAAUAAAUAUGCAUUUGUUGCAUCGGAAUACCCUUUGAUUUUAUGUUUGGAAAACCACUGCUCAUUAAAACAGCAGAAGAUAAUGAUCCAACAUAUGAAAGAAACCUUUGGAGACAAACUGUACAAAAAGCCCCCAAGCGUUGAUGACUGUUACCUACCCUCCCCUGAAGUCCUCAAGUACAAAAUUUUGUUAAAGGCAAAAAAACUACCAGAAAAUUGCGCAAGCUCUGCAGGUGAUAUUACAGAUGAAGAUGAAGGUGCAGAGAUGGCAAAAAAGGCGGCAAGUGAGAAUGCAGACCAGCAGAAUGUAAUUCCAAACAGAAAAUUUAAGCUUUGCAAAGAACUCUCAGAUAUGGUGACUCUUUGUAAAUCUGUACUGUUUAAAGACUUUACUGACUCGCUUCAAAAUCAGAAAUUUUGGGAAUUUUGUUCAUUCAAUGAAGUAACUGCCGGUAAACUUGCCAACGAGUACCCGAAGGACUUUGUCAAUUACAAUAAGCGUUUCCUUGCCAGAAUAUAUCCAAAUCCAAUGAGGAUAGAUUCAAGCAACAUGAAUCCCCAGGACUUUUGGAAAUGUGGCUGCCAAGUAGUGGCAAUGAAUUACCAGACACCUGGUUUAAUGAUGGACCUUAAUAUUGGUUGGUUCCGUCAGAAUGGGAAUUGUGGAUAUGUGCUUCGUCCUGCCAUCAUGAGAGAAGAAGUCUCCUAUUUUAGUGCCAAUACUAAGGAUUCAGUGCCAGGUGUUUCUCCCCAACUACUCCACAUCAAAAUUAUUAGUGGCCAAAACUUUCCAAAACCCAAAGGCUCAGGUUCUAAAGGUGAUGUAGUAGAUCCCUAUGUGUAUGUUGAGAUCCAUGGAAUACCUGCAGACUGUGCAGAACAAAGAACUAAAACGGUUAACCAAAAUGGAGAGAACCCCAUUUUUGAUGAGAGUUUUGAAUUCCAGAUUAACCUCCCCGAGCUGGCAAUGGUACGAUUUGUGGUUCUCGAUGACGAUUAUAUUGGAGAUGAGUUUAUUGCUCAGUAUACGAUUCCUUUUGAAUGCUUGCAACCUGGAUACAGACAUGUGCCGCUUCAGUCACUGACAGGUGAAAUUCUACCAUACGCCUCAUUAUUUGUACAUGUGGCAAUUACUAACCGGAGAGGUGGAGGGAAACCUCACAAACGUGGCCUUUCUGUGAGAAAAGCUAAAAGGUCAAGAGAGUAUGCUAGCAUGAGAACAAUCUUGAUAAAAUCUGUAGAUGAAAUAUUCAAGACUGUUGUCCAGCAAUUGCGGGAAGCAGCUGAUCUUCGAGAAAAUAUGCAGAAUGCAAUAGUUUCUUUCAAGGAAUUAUGUGGCCUCUCCCCGGUUUCUAAUCUAAUACAGUGCUUUAUGGCAUUGUCAACACUUCUGAACAGUGAUAAUAUACCUAUUGUGGUACUGAAUCUAAAAGAUGAUUACCCUUCAAUGGAACCCCAAGGUGUAAUCCCAGAAGUUCUGAAGAAAGUCGUUACUGCUUAUGAUAUGAUGAUCCAAACAACCAAAACUCUGCUAGAAAAUGGUGAUGGAGUGUGUGAAAAAAUAAUGCAGUGUCAAAGAGCAGCCAUGGAGUUCCAUGAAAACCUGAACAGUAUUGGAGUUAAAGAAGGCCUUAAAGGAAGAAAAUUGCAUAAAGCUGUUGAGAACUUUACUUGGAACAUCACUAUUCUUAAGAUUCCAGAGAUCAGUGAACUGUGGCUCUACCUCUGGAUGCUAUCACCCUAUCUCUGACACAUUUUCCUGUUUUUGAUUCAUUGAGUUUCCUUAUUGCAUAUUCUUUACUAGUGUUCACAUUUAUCAUGAAUUUCUGAGCCAAGUUGACUGUAUGCACAUGUUCAGACCAGCUGAAAUUUAUUUCAAUCUGUGAAGCAUUAAAAAACUUGUCAUUUACAAACUCAAGUCAGAAGUAUAGUAAUGGAUCUCAAUCCAGUGAAUCAAAUUGAUAAUUUGAAUUCAGGAGGUCAGGCAUUCAUUCCCUUAAGCUGCCAACAAACCUGCUUCCCUCAAAUGGAUGCAUUUUGCUAACUGGACCACAAGCAUCUCCCUUAUAAAUGAGGAAAAGGUUAUCUUUACUGGCUCUCCACACUUGGAUUGCACCUCCUUUGAUUCAUUACCAUGUGUUUGAACAAGCCAUGUAGAAGUGUUAUGGCUCAAAGUAUGUUUCUGGCUGAGUGUGACAGUGAUUAGUAUCAUCAGAGAAAUAAUAGGUAUGGUUCUGAAAGGACUCAUUGUAAACUUUAUGUACUUAUUUAUUCAUGAUUCAGUCACUCAGAGACAUGACUUGUAAAACAACCCUGCAGGAAGCUGAUUUUAUUAACUUAAACAAACCAGGAGCAUCAAAACUUCUAUAGAUUUAUUUUUGCUACAUUGCUGGCUUUGAAAUUCGAUCCAAACUUGAAUCCCCCUAAAAAGGUAAUAAAUUACUUUAUAUUGCAACUUUAAUGUCUCAUUUAACCUCUAUUAAGAUGCAACUGCAGCAUCAGUUCACAAUUCUGCAAUAAGAUCAUAUGAUCCUAACAAUGUGCUUUUUCUAAGUUCUCAGUGAAUAAGGGGCUUUUUCAAGUUGUAAAAGGCAUCUAUAUACAACUAAAUGGAAUUCAGAGUGCAGUGGGAAAAUUGAUUAAUUUUAAUCAAUAUCUUAUCUUUACUAACUUCUGGACAUAAUGGAGACAUUUCAAGUUAGUGAAAAUUAUGAAAGAAAGCUGCUAUAUAAAUAAAUCAGAUUACACAGGAAGAUGGUUACAGUUGGUCAGCACAUCAAAGUUUCUGAAACUGGUCAUUCUGUAUGAGGGACAAAUAAAUUCAGGCAUUCAGCCAAGGUUUAGGAUUGAUUUGAAGAUCGAUAAAUCCUUGAAAAUUCUAGAUUUGUUUACUCUUUGUAAGCCGAAUAUUAUCUGCAGGUUGCAAAAAUCUAAUGUAUAUUUUCAUCGUAUCUAUAUAUAAGAUAUCUAAACAUUAGACUUCUGGAUAAUGAAAAAAAAUUAGAACAUUAUGAUGAAUGUGAUAAUUGUGUCUAAUAGUUCUGAAUUAGGAAAACUGAGGCAUUGUAAAUCAGUUGUGUUUCGCUACCGUGCAGAAAUAUUACUGGAGUUUUCAAAGGAGUGAUUUUGGAGGGGAUGCCCUAUUUAUUCCUUUGUUCUGCUAUCUGUGAUAUAAAGUCAAAGAACUUCCAUCUGUUCAUCUCUGUCAGUAGCACUGAAUUUGUAACCAACAUAAUUGCUUAUGAUUUCUUUACCAAAAAAUGUUUCACUAGCGCUUUACUUACUCUUAUGGGAACCACUGGAUUAUAAAAACAAAUGCCACAAUUUUGCUUAGAAAUGUGACAAUGUGACAAAAGUGUUCAUUUUUUUAUUAUUAAAAGAAAUUUGAAACCAACUGUUCUGCUUUAAUACAACAUUCAUAUAAAAAAUAAAAGAUCAUAUUUGUCAGAA